GACAUUAUCCCAGCAGGGAGCGGGAGGCUGUUACUAAUACAGUAGUCGACAUAAUUCCGGCAGAACGGAAGGCUGUUACUAAUACAGUAGUCGACAUAAUCCCAGCAGGGUGCGGAGGGCUGUUACUAAUACAGUAGUCGACAUAAUCCCAGGAGGGGAACGGAAGGCUGUUACUAAUACAGUAGUCGACAUAAGCCCAGGAGGGGAACGGAAGUUAAUUACUAGUACAGAAGUCGACAUAGGCCCACCAGGGGAGCGGAAGGCUGUAACUUAAUCAAGACCUGACACAAUCUACGCUCAUAUUUCUUGCCUCCUUUCAGCGAGUAGGAUCCUGUUUUCGACCUAACCAGCGGGCUGAUAACACAGUUACCAGAGAGUAUGAAGGAGGUUGUGCUAGGACUGUACCUCAUCUUGGCAUCAUGUGCCGUGGUUCUGCUCGUGCCGGUGCCGGCCGGACGUCACUUCUUCGUGUUCUGGAAGACCGCCUCGAGCCACCUCAUUCCACGGACAGAACACGCUCACCACAACAUCAAAGAGCUUCUGCUGGACUAUUUCCGGUCAGGGGUGGUGAACGUGACGUCGGGUGGGAGGCUGGAGUCGGCCAAUGAGCUGUACCGCUCCCUCAACUUGUCAAAGUUCCCGAGUCAGGGGGUGUUGAAACGGGAAGGAAAGAAGCCUUUUUUCUUCAUCAAGGGUCUGUUGAAAGAGGACUACAGGAUGUGUGAAGUCUUCAGCCGCGUCCUCUCCUACGAGGAAGACUUCCGCUGCAACAACAUCACUGACCAACUCUCGGAGUACAUCUGUGCCCGGAUGAAAGGCAUUGCCCACACUGUGAAGCACAUCUCGCGAUCUCUCCUACAGCAGCUGACAGAUUUCUUCCACGUGCCUGACAUUAACAUCGCGAAGCCAUCGCAACUAGAGCGGCGUCUCAAGGCUGAGCUCAUCCGGAAAAUGAAUGCAGACGAAAGAAAGAUGAAGAAAAUGGAGCUUGACUCUGAUAACGACUACCACGACGGUGAUGUGACGGAGGUAGAUGAAAUGGACGCGUCCCGGACGAUGUCCUACCGGAAGCGGAACCAGGCGAGUGUGGCGAUCCUGUACGCAGCCUUCUUACACCUGCAGGACACGGAGUCCUCGCUGACGUACGCCCUGCGGGUCCUGGAGCCGCCCCGAGACGCCCCGACCUUCUAGGAAGGCCGCCCCGAGACGCCCCGACCUUCUAGGAAGGGCGCCCCAAAGGGACAAAAACGUAGACCAGCUGACACAGCACCCACAUCGGUGUUUGACUGUAAAAGCUCGUCAACUCUAUCUCCAUUAUUACAUAAUGGAUGACUCCGCCAGAACUAUUGUGGGCACGACAGCUGAAUGUCCGCUUGUCUGAAAGUACGGAUGAUUCGACCAUGUUUUCCGUUGUACCCCGGUUUUCGGAGCUUUCAUUGUCAAACUUUUAAACGGUUGUUACCAUUUGUCGCCACAUGACACAUAAGUUAAGUAGUCUGUUUCAGCUGUGGUAAUGUUGUCAAUGCCAGGCUGUGAGUAAUCAGGUUACCUGAUCAAAUUAUUACAGAAUGACUUCCCCGUGUGGCCCGUCCUGGGCAGCAAUACUCUCUAUCUCUCUCCGUGAGAUACUCUCUGUCUCUUUCCGUGAGGUACUCGCUGUCUCUCCCCGUGUGUACUCUCCCUCCCCGUGUGUACUCUCUGUCUCUCUCGGUGAGGUACUGUCUCUCCCCGUGUGUACUCUCUCUCCAUGAGGUACUCGCUGUCUCUCCCCGUGUGUACUGUCUCUUACCGUUAGGUACUCUCCCUCCCCGUGUGUACUUUUCCCUCCCCGUGAGGUACUGUCUCUCCCUGAUCAAUCGAUAUCGAUGAUGCCAGCUCCAUUAACUCGUUGUAGGUUAAAUUCAUAAUGCAAUAUGGUCGCCGAAUUCGAUUUACCAUUCCAUUGCUCUAGUGUUCCUUGUUGGUGAAUCUACUGAUGUCCUUCCCCCAGCUCUAGAUUAUAUCUCCAUAGCUCAGUAAAAUUAGACUCGAUGAAGACGUGCCACAUUAAAUGACAUCACUGUAAAUAUCAUAACCAUGUGUAUAUAUGUAUACCAAAGACUGAGGAGUCGGGUGGCAGACACGCAGACCUCAAUGUGAAUAGAAGCGUUGGCUUCAAACUGUCGGAAUCUUGAAAUGAAAUACGAGCAUAACGUGCGAUGUUCACAUGUCGUGAAAUCCUAGCGUCAAGUAGGGUACUUUCUUUGAUCUGUACAUGCUGUUGUCGUCUGCACAUGCUGUUGUCGUCUGUACACACCACAUCAGAGCACGUAUGUGAUAUAGGAAAACUCUGUCACGUUCUUGUAACAGCCUUCCUAAUACCUUGUACAAGAUACUGCAAAACCCUAUUUUACCACAUUCCCUUGACGCAAAAGUAAGUCUUGUUACACAAAGGUAAGGUCUUGUCAGACGAACGUAAGGUCUUGUUACACAAAAGUAAGUCUUUUUACACAAAAGUAAGUCUUGUUACACAAAAGUAAGUCUUGUUACACAAACGUAAGUCUUUUUACACAAAAGUAAAGUCUUGUUACACAAACGUACGUCUUUUUACACAAAAGUAAAGUCUUGUCACACAAAAGUAAGUCUUUUUACAUAAAAGUAAGUCUUCUUACACAAAAGUAUGUCUUGUCACACAAAAGUAAGUCUUUUCACACAAAAGUAAGGUCUUGUUACACAAUAGUAUGUCAUGUCACACAAAAGUAAGUCUUGUACACAAAAGUAAUUCUUGUCACACAAAAGCAUUAUUAGUUAGAACCUUUCUUUCGUGAACCCCACGUUUCGUUUGACAAACCUUCCAUGUGUUAAUACACAUCCUCUAGAAGCCAACGCUUCCCCUCUUUACGGGUAGUAGUGUGUGCACGUGUGUGUGUGUGCACGUGUGUGUGAGACUGUUUGCUUCCAAUGGCUGUGUUAGUUAUGUAGAUAUCAUAUCAUGGCACAUGCCUCACUCAUGUUGUUAUAGCACACUAUGUAUAUAUACGCUUUGUGUGUUGUAUUUAAGUUAGACUGCUGCGAGUGUGUAGACAGCCACCACAGUGUUAAUCGUUCAUACACAACGUCACCAUGUACGACCUGACGUCUCAAUGAGACAUCUUCCAUAUUUCAAAGUGUAUAUUGAUCUGUAUCAUUUUCUUUAAUCAAUAUCAUUAUGCACAUCGCAACCACACAACGUGUUGUAGGACCUGAUGGGCAUAUCACGAGCAUACAUGUUACUUUCAUCUUGGGGGGGGGGGGGGUGUUAUAUCUACUCUAUAAGUAUAUACAAGGCAGUUUUUCGUAAUGCUAUCCACAAGUACUUCUGGUAGCUUUUUCACUGACAUUUUGCUUGGUGCAGCAAAGUCGCGCAAUUCUUUGUCAAAAACAAAAUCUCCUGUCAUGGCGGUGAAUUUAGCCAUGACAGUGUGGAUUCGACGCAGGGUAGAGGAAUACCAUGUACCAACACACAAACUGUCAAUGUCUUUAUAAUAGUAAUUCACACAUACGUUUCAACGCGUUGGAAUAUUUAUCAUGAUUCAAGAUGGCAGAACAUAGCGACGCGGAGACGCGGAAAUACAGGGUGUGCAUGACGAAAUCGUUUUCGUUAUCACUUUGUUCUCGUUCAGAGAGUACAUGCCUAGGUCACGUGCGUGUGUCACAGGAUGUGCUCCACUUUCUCCUUCUAUCUGGCUGAGAAGUUUCUAAUACUCCUCAUUUCCUGGAAAUGACAUGGUAUGUAAACACCGAGGCCAAGUACGGCUGCAGGGGUUAGCGCGGUGCGUUUUUAUUGCCCGCAUUUGUUAUAAAUCGUUUUGCCGCAGGCAGUUAAGGAGGUGAUUUCACUGACUGAACUAUCGCCAGAAAGUCCUCAAAAGAAUUUAGUUUAACGUAUGCCCCACCCAUUCAAUCUACUGACAGAGACAUACGCAUGGACAACAAUGACACAUUUAUACGACUACAUGUUGAACACUGCUGCAGGAUAGCAGUGGGGAUCAAAGCCCACAAUACGUCACGUGUCCAGGGUCAUCAUCAUCAUCAUCAUCAUCAUCAUCAUCAUCAUAACCUGGAUAUUUGGGUUAAAUAGGUUUUAAAGUUCUUUGUGAAUGCAGUGUUUGCAACAUGUUAGCAUAUAUAUGUACUCCGUCUCAGUGGACCUCCACAACACAUCAUCGCUCACACGACCAGCGACAGUCUGAGUGGGUUAACAAUGUGACGCAGGAUGGCGUGGACACGCUGUAUGUGUCAUAUGAUUGAUAGUGUCGCUGAUGCGGGAAAACGAGCCGAUAAGUAUUCAUAUGAGGUCACUUUAAAUAGGAAUUAAAGUACCUCGAUGCCUCACAUUCUCGACACGUUUAGAUAGACGUUUCCCUGUGUGGGCGCCCUGUGAUCAAACAUCGCUGUCAAUUAUUGUAUGCCUACUCGGAUCUAUCAUUUGUUUAUUUGUUUGUUGUUUAGCGCGGCACUGACGGACCAGACAAUCCAGUGAUUGAUGCUAUGAGCAUUGAUUUGUAACUGAACCCUUCAUCGACCACGCUGUGCCAUGUCUCAUGUCUUGUUGAUACAUUUUGUUUUACAUUUGUACAUAUUUAUUUCAAGUUCAACUUUCUAAAUAAAUUUCAAUGAUCUGC